AUGGCGGCAUCAAAGAAUGAUAUCACCAUGAGGGACUUCGCUCUUACGACCCUCUUAGCUCUAAUCGAAAACUACCACUCGUUCAACCCAGACAUCACUGUCCCGACCUACGCAUACCCGACACAUCUCGAAUUCAGCCAACAGGUCGCUCGUGGCCGACCGUGCGUGUACCGUCUUGACCGCACCGUCAUCCAAGACAGCCAUGCCACCGACAAGGGAGGAGCCAGAGAAGAAACCGAUGACCGAGACAUGGAUGAGUUCCUCCAGAGUGACGAGGAGAAACAAAACCCUUCGUUCCUGAACGACAUCAAACGUCGACGUCUCCUCCGGGAAGAACAGCGGUCCAUCCUGUCGGCGCCGUGCUGGAGCUGGACGAAGAAGAGCCUCUGUGAACUCGUGCAGGAAGAGGUCGAGGUCGCUGUGACGCCGGACGGGAGGGCAGAUGCGCUUUACUCGCUUCCUCGGCGGAGACUUCGACCUCAAGUACAGGGACAUGCUUUGGACGACGAAAGUGGGAAGCAAAGAGACGGUCAUGUUGAUGGUCAUGGUGGCGGAAGCGGACAAGCAGGAGUCGAUCAGCAAGAUGGGAGUGAAUGCGAACUCGGGGACGAAAGUGAAACGGAACCAGAACCAGAACCAGAACAAGUCUUUCUUCAACCCGCCACGACAUCCAUGACGCUUUCCGCACUCAUCGACAGGCUCUGUGCUUCUAAUACAUCGCCAUCGCCAGUUUACUACCUCCAAUCGCAAAACUCCAAUCUGCACUCCUCCCCCCUCUCAUGCCUACUUCCUUCGUUACCACCGACGCCUCCACCCUUCUCCGGCGCCGUGCUCGGCGCCCCAGAAGCCGUGAACCUGUGGAUCGGCAACGCUUCGUCCGUGACCAGCACGCACCGCGACCCGUACGAGAACAUCUACCUGGUAGUCAAAGGGCGCAAGCGGUUCGUGCUGUUCAGCCCCGUCGAGGAGGUGUGUUUGCACGCGCAGAUGGUCCGGACUGGGCGGUGGCAGUGGAUGUUUGUUGAUGAUGACAACGGGGAGAAGGGAGAGUUUGAAGUCGUGAUGGACGACGACGAUGACGAUGGCAAUGACCACAAUGACAACGACAACCGCAUUCCCUGGAUCCCCGUCGACCCGCUCCGUCCCCCACCCGCCAUAUCUCAAAAGUACCCGUACUACAGACACGCGCGGCCUCUCAGUGUGACUGUCUCCGAGGGAGAAAUCCUGUAUCUCCCCGCAGGCUGGUUCCACCAUGUUUCUCAGGAAUGCGGAAUCUGGGGGGGCCAUGAGGAGGGCGACCACGACGAUGGAACCGCGACGGUGGCGCCGUGCAUAGCGGUCAACUAUUGGUUCGAUAUGGACUACUCGGGAGAAAAGCAUGUUAUGAGGGAGAUGGUGGGCCGGUUAGUUGAGAAAACCCGGAUUGCUACUGAAAACGGAUGA